CGGGGAGGGAGAGUGAGUAAGUUAACUGUAACAAUUGCGUAGCACUGGAAUAAUACCGUUACCUGAGGCGGGGGGGCUUUUAUUUGCGUCGGUGCUGUUGAACGACAGGUGAUGGACUGCCGAUUGGAACUUUUUUUACAGUCAGUCUUUGUUUAACACACACACACACACAUCGGUGCACACGCUGCAUUUAGUUUCUCGUCUGUGUGCACUGUCUGUACUGUAUUUAUGCUCGGGAAAAGGAAGCAAAGCGGCUUCACUGCCAAAUUUGGUAACUAGACAGCAGACCUGCCAGUUGCAGUUAUUUUGGAAGGGAGCGCAGGCAGAGCGGUCUGGUGGUGUUGAUGAGCCGCGGGGGGGAGGAUAUCGUCUACUUGGUGAAAGUGAGCGGUUAAAAUGUUGAUUUUGUGCAAAUUAUGGCAAAUGGAACAGGCACAAUAAUGCUGAAGUGUGUGGUUGUCGGAGACGGCGCUGUGGGCAAAACUUGCCUGCUAAUGAGCUAUGCGAACGACGCCUUUCCCGAGGAGUACGUACCCACCGUGUUCGAUCAUUAUGCAGUCAGUGUCACAGUUGGAGGAAAGCAGUAUCUUUUAGGACUUUAUGACACAGCGGGACAGGAGGACUAUGACCGCCUGAGGCCUCUCUCCUACCCCAUGACGGAUGUGUUCCUUAUCUGCUUCUCGGUGGUGAACCCGGCCUCGUUCCAGAACGUCCGGGAGGAGUGGGUGCCAGAGCUGAAGGAGUACGCGCCCAACGUCCCCUUCCUCUUGAUUGGAACUCAGAUUGACCUCCGUGAUGACCCAAAAACAAUAGCAAAACUGAACGAUAUGAAAGAGAAGCCCAUAGGUAUGGAGCAAGGGCAGAAACUGGCCAAGGAGGUUGGAGCCUGCUGCUACAUGGAGUGCUCAGCUUUAACACAGAAAGGCCUGAAGACUGUUUUCGAUGAAGCCAUCAUCGCUAUCCUGACCCCAAAGAAAAACGCUCUGAAAAAGAGACUGGGCUCCACCUGCAUAAACUGCUGCUUGAUUACGUGAGGAAUGAAAAGAAAAAAAACAUGAGGAGACUGGAUGUGCCAAACAGGGUCUUUGUGGAAGGUCUCCUGUGGUAUCAGUGAAUGGAGUUGCAGGAAUACCAAUGCGUUCAGUACAACUUUUACACAAGAAUCUGCACAAAUAUCAUUAAAAGCCCAGGAACCCAACACAGACAAAACAACCGAGUAACACGCUAGGUUAAUACAUACAAAGACAUUUAUUUCCUCUCCGAGUACACCACAGGCUCUGUUUUUAUUCCAGUAAAGCAGACACAAGCACAUUAUGUAUGUGGGCAAGCCAUCCGCGUUACUGGAAGUGAAACAGAUCCUGUUGACCCGUAGGGACUUGCUUUCAAUAAUAAAACGGUUUUAUCGUCACCAAGACACUGCUACAAAUGAUAUGCUCCAGAAUGCUGCGCUGCUUGUAAAACUAAAACAGUAGGUUGUGUUUGGUCCAUUGUUGCUACAGUGGAGAGGAUGGACUGACGAACACGAUUACUCUGCUUCACACUCUUGAAAAUCGGACAGCAACAUGGCCCAGGCUGCAGGUAUCUGGACCCCCAGCAUCUCUUAGCAGCCGCCUCCUUGCCUCGUUUACUUGCUUUUAUACGUCAGCUGCUUCCUGUGCCAAUGUAUCCAAAUCGGUGCGAUGAAGAGUCCGGCCACAAAGCCAAGAGUUGCUCCAAGCGUACAAGAAAUAGGCCAGACCUGUGUGAAUAGAAGAAUAGAUAUAGAUAUAUUGUGAGAUGAGCACAACUUUUUAUUUUAGCCUUUAACAAGCUUUCUUGUCUAUUAUAACCCUCUGUUGCUUUUUUUACCUUAAAGUAAUUUUUGAUGCUGCCGUCUAGCAACUCCUAAUGACACUUUGAAUGACUUAUGAGUCAACCUGUGAUUUUCUACAGCUCUAUGAAGCCGUUUCUCCCCCCUCACCUUCCAUUUAGAGGCUUGAAAGAGCCACUUGUACAUGACGAGACUGUUUAUUGCAGCAGUUUCCAAGGGGUAAAAGAGUUGAAAUGCUACCUGCCUUCUGAAUAAAAUGCAACCUGCUUAUAAAAUGACGACACAGAGUAACCAUGGCAACACUAAUUGCUAUACAGUUUGGUUUUUUAUGCACAUUUAAAUGUAAUUAUGUUUUUUGGAGUGGUUACACGAUUUGAGCUGCACAGAUAAAUAAUCUGACCUUUUGUCUUUUUUCCUAGGAAGUGUACAAUUCCUAAUAAAAGGCGUAUCCUAUUUUA